GCCUGUAAUCCCGACUCAACGCCCGCAGCCUAUAUAUAUACGGAGUACAAUAAACAGAAUUCCAAAUAAAAAUCUAAUCUAAAUUCUAAACUAGUCGGCGCCUACGGUCUCGCCGGCUCCAGGGCCAGGGCGUGCGGCUGAGAAGGCAGGGCUCGCCGGCUUCGGACGACGUGUGUGUGCGGCAGCAGGCCGGCCGGCAGAGCUCGGAUUCCCGGCCGGUGCUGCAGCAGUGCAUGUGCCUCCUGAUCCACCGCGCCUAACGCCGAGCAAGAUGAGAUCAGUUCUUUUCUUCGUGUGCAUUUGCUUCCUGUUCGUGUCGACGGCGAGGGCGGAAGGCCCCUACCAGUUCUUCGAUUGGGAGAUCACGUACGGCAGUAUCAGCCCUAUUGGAUCUCUACAACAGGGAAUCCUCAUCAACGGGCAGUUCCCCGGGCCGAAGAUCGAGUGCCAAACAAACGAGAACCUGAUCAUUAACGUCCGCAACAAGUUGCCUGAUCCGUUCUUGCUCUCAUGGAACGGUCUGCAGCAACGCAAGAAUUCAUGGCAGGACGGCGUUUCUGGCACCAACUGCCCGAUCCCGCCGGGCCACAACUUCACGUACCGCAUGCAGGCCAAGGACCAGAUCGGUAGCUUCUUCUACUUCCCGUCCUUGGCCCUCCACAAGGCCGCCGGUGGCUUCGGCGCUAUCCGCAUCGACAGCCGACCGAUGGUCCCCGUCCCGUUCCCGCCGCCGGCCGGCGAGUACGCGGUGCUCAUCGGUGACUGGUACACCACCAAUCACAAGUCUCUGCAACGUAUGCUGGACAGCGGAAAGGAAUUGCCUCGCCCUGAUGGCGUCUUGAUCAACGGCAAGGGUGGUGCGGACGUUGUAGAUUUCGCCGUCGAGCAAGGAAAGACGUACAGGCUGCGCAUCUCAAAUGUUGGGCUGCAGAACACACUGAACAUCCAGAUCCAAGGGCACAAGAUGACGCUGGUCGAGGUGGAGGGCACGCACACGGUGCAGAACGCCUACGCCUCCCUCGACGUCCACGUCGGCCAGUCGCUCUCGGUGCUGUUCACCGCCAACCGCCCCGCCAAGGACUACCGCAUCGUCGUCUCCACCCGCUUCACCAACGCCACCCGCCUCCUCUCCACCGCCGUCGUCCGCUACGCCGGCUCCAGUGGCCCUGCUCCCGGGCCACUGCCCGCUGGGCCCGGCGACGACGUUGACUUCUCCCUCAACCAGGCCCGUUCCAUCAGGACGAACCUGACGGCGAGCGGGCCGAGGCCGAACCCGCAGGGCUCCUACCGCUACGGCUCCAUCAACGUGACCCGCACCAUCCGGCUGGCCAGCUCGGCCGGGCUGGUCCGCGGCAGGCGCCGGUACGCGGUGAACGGCGUCUCGUUCGCGGAGGCCGACACGCCGCUCAAGCUGGCGGAUCACUACAACAUCAGCGGCGUGUUCCGGCUCGGCGGCAUCCCCGACGCGCCGCCGCCGGCCACCGCGGAGGAGGUGAGGAACGAGACGGCGGUCAUGGACUCGGACCACCGCUCCUUCGUCGAGGUCGUGCUCGAGAACGGCGAGGGCGGCGGCGUCCAGAGCUGGCACCUCGACGGCUACAGCGUGUUCGUCGUCGGAAUGGACGUGGGGACGUGGAGCAAGAAGAGCAGGGAUGGCUACAACCUUGUGGACGCUGUCUCGCGCUGUACCGUGCAAGUGUACCCGAGAGGGUGGACGGCGGUUCUGGUCGCGCUGGACAACGUGGGCAUGUGGAACAUGAGGUCGGAGGUGUGGGCGCGCAGGUACCUGGGCCAGCAGUUCUACCUCCGCGUGUACACGCCGUCGCACUCGUUCCGCGACGAGCUGCCCAUCCCGGACAACGCACUCCUCUGCGGCCGCGCCGCCGGCCGUCACCACAGCCAGUAGCCGCCGCCAACCCCUGCCGCGGCGGUACUAGCACAGGCCACAGGAGCAGCACGCAGCUGUAUGGUCGUCUAGUGUCUAAAAGGAAACCCAACAUAUAAACAUUUUAUAUAACAUUUUAUUUGUUAGUUGGAUUAUUCUUGUUCUUCUCUCAUUUGAUAACCUGCUAAAUUGGAUCCCAACCAAAUUUUGGACGA